AUGAGUGCUGUGAAGCUUGAGAGUGAAACAAUGGCUGAUGGUGUGUCUCAGUUGCAGAAGCAGUUGGUUGACUACACAGCUUCACUGUUUGAUGAGGCAUUUCUGGAUGAACAGUUCAACCAGCUUCAGCAACUGCAAGAUGAGAACAACCCAGACUUUGUAGUUGAAGUUGUGUCUCUUUUCUUCAAAGAUUCUGAAAGGCUUGUGGAUGAACUGACCAAAGCUCUAGAUCAGCAGACUGUUGACUUUAAACUUGUGGAUAAAAAUGUUCACCAAUUGAAGGGUAGCAGCUCCAGCAUUGGUGUUCAGAGAGUUCAGAGGGCCUGCAUUGCAUUUCGUGACUGCAGUGAGGAGCAGAAUGUUGAAGGGUGCCUAAAGUCUCUCCAGCAUGUGAAGCACGAGUAUUCUCUUGUGAAAAAUAAGCUGGAAACUCUUUUCAAGCUGCAGAAACAGCUUUUGGCCGCCGGCGGUCCACUGCCAAGGUAA